UCCAGGCUUCAGAAACAUGCCCGGGAAUCGAAUGCAGUAAACGUUCAGCCAGUGCAGAACACGCUACAUUGGCGCCCGGGCGAUAUUAGUCGAAUCUCCUCGUAGAUACGAGUCUAUUUGGACUCCCGAGUGGCUCAGCGGUCUAAGGCACUGCAUCUCAGACGCUCGAGGCGGCACUACAGACCCUGGUUCAAUCCCGGGCUGCCAUGAUCGGGUGUCCAGUACAAUUGACCCCGCGUUAGAUUGGGGGUUUUGCCUGUAGAGACCGUCAUUGUAAAUCAGAAUUUGCUAAAGGCUAAAAUAAUUUACAAUUCAACCUAAUUGGCUGACCUACAUUCCCCCAGUCAAUCUGACGAUUCUCAUUGGUCGCCGGAGAUUUGUUUUGUAGCUGGUGACGUGUUGGUACCGCCUCCUUAACCAGCGUUGUAAACAAACCCUGGAUAAUAUUAGAAGUUUAACCUCGCACCACGAAAAUAUCCUAUCCUUAAAAAAUUACUCGGAGUAGCUACAGUUCUUUUAAAAUUUUAACUACAAAAUACACGAAACGGUUUCAUCUCAGAGAAAAACUUGCUCCUGUUGUCAAGUGUGAGAGACCGAGAGAACAGCUGCAAGACGAUUUUUGUUUGUUUGGUUUGGAUCCGUCCGAUGGUUUCUUGCUGAAGAAGUGACAAAACAAGCUAUCCCCUAGACGAUUGAGCAAUUUACCGAUGCAUCUCAGUUGACCUAUCCAACGGUAGUUUUCUGGUCACAUAUUCGUUUAAAAUUAGGUCUUCCAUUGAACAUCCGAUAACUACGUUAGGGACGUUCCAAGGAUCGUGGAUAGCACGGAGGAUCGCUUGAUAGCACGGACCCUGCUGUAUUGUACCAAGAAGUGAGCUGCGAAUUAGACAACCGAGCUUUGUGUGCCAGAGAUGGUACCAUUCCGCUUGUCUGGGGAUGACAAAGAAGGACUUCAACAAAGCCAAAAUAGAAAAUGAUUGGAAAAGGGGCCUCUUUGCUGUUAAAUUAGAGAAGUAUAAAAAAAGACAUGGUGAAGCUGACGAAGGCUAAGACGUUCCAAGCAUACCUAGACUCGUGCCACCGCAGGUACAGCUGUGUUCACUGCCGAGCACACCUGGCCAACCAUGAUGACCUCAUCUCCAAGUCUUUUCAGGGUAGCCAGGGUCGUGCCUACCUCUUCAACUCUGUGGUGAAUGUGGGCUGUGGUCCUGCCGAGGAGAGGCUGCUACUCACCGGGCUCCACGCUGUGGCAGAUAUCUACUGUGAGAACUGCCACACCACACUGGGCUGGAAAUACGAGCAGGCCUUUGAGUUGAGUCAGAAGUACAAGGAGGGGAAGUUCAUCAUUGAGCUGUCCCACAUGAUAAAGGACAACGGCUGGGACUGAGGUGAAGGGCGAUGUUUUCAUUGAUGUUUCGUCCCUCGUCCGUUGUUCUUCCUGGCCUGAAUGUGUGUCCCCUCACCCUGCGUAAGGGCCAUCGGCUCUGUCACUCCGUCACUUCAUACAGCUUUGCCAAGAAUAGCAUGUGAUGUUUGUUUUUAUACAUAUAUCUAUUUACACACUGAGUAUUCCAAACAUUAGGAACACCUUCUUUAAUAUUGAGUUGCACCCCUCCUUUUUACCCUCAGAACAGCCUCAAUUCAUUGGGGCAUGGACCCCUAAAAGAUGUUCAAAGCA